UGGGCUGGAGCACUUGUAUACAGGAUGCAGAUGCCACUGACAUCCAUAGGAAUGGGAAUGGUGUUUGGGCCUUGGCUGCUGUGCUCUUUGGGACUGCUGGUGAUGGAUGGCCAUGAAAUCCUGCAUUUGCCAGGUGCUUAGACAGCCCGACAGCCCAACCAAAAGGCAAUAACUGAACGGUGUUGACCCUCUGAGAAGCAAGCAUAAAGGCGGGGUGAAAUUCUCCACUUGUGGUACGCGUUGAGAAGGGCUGCGUGGGAACCUAACUUCCACAGCGGGCCGAGGCGGGCAGACGAGUCCCCUCGCGGCCAGCCCCCGCUCCCCGCCUUUCCGCUGAGGCGGCGGCGUCGACACCGCCCCGCGGGGCGGGCCUGCUGCGGGGCUGCGCUGUGAGGCCGCUUCCAGCCUCCUCCGGCUGCCUCCAGCCUACUGACGACGCCUCCGGCCGUUCCCUACCCGCAGCCCCGCACUCCCCGGCGGCCCCUCGGAGCGCGGGGCGGACGCAGGCCUUGCGCUUGGAGCCCCCGGCGGGACGCUGCUGCUGCUGCUGCCGGGCGCCCGGGAGGCUCGGCUCGGCUCCGUCCUCACGGCUCGCUCUCGGAGCGGAUCAGCUGUGACACCCGAAACUGACGCUCUCGCCGCCGCGAUGGUGGCCAAGGAUUACCCUUUUUACCUUACGGUCAAGAGGGCGAAUUGUGCCUUGGACGUGCAGGCAGCGAGCGGACCAGCUAAAGAGACGGAGGAGCCCAGUAACAAGCGGGUCAAGCCUCUUUCCAGAGUUACAUCGCUAGCAAGUCUCAUCCCUCCUGUAAGGGCCACUCCAUUGAAGCGGUUCAGCCAGACACUUCAGCGUUCUAUAAGUUUCCGUAGUGACAGUCGCCCAGAUCUGUUCAGUCCACGGCCAUGGUCUCGAAGUAUGCCGCCUGCUAACACAAAGCGUAGAGACAGCAAACUGUGGAGUGAGACCUUUGAUGUUUGUGUCAAUCACAUGCUUACAUCUAAAGAAAUCAAGCGUCAAGAGGCUAUCUUUGAACUCUCCCAGGGAGAGGAAGACUUGAUAGAAGAUCUGAAGUUAGCAAAAAAGGCUUAUCAUGACCCAAUGCUUAAACUUUCCAUAAUGACAGAACAAGAGCUGAACCAAAUUUUUGGAACACUGGACUCCCUAAUUCCUCUACAUGAAGAUCUUCUUAGGCGGCUUCAAGAAGUCAGGAAAUCUGAUGGAUCAACAGAACACGUUGGCCAUAUCCUUGUGGGUUGGCUCCCAUGCCUAAACUCCUAUGAUAGCUACUGCAGCAAUCAAGUAGCAGCCAAAGCCUUACUGGAUCACAAGAAACAAGAUCACAGAGUGCAAGAUUUCCUGCAACGCUGCUUAGAGUCUCCUUUUAGUCGCAAACUGGACCUUUGGAAUUUCCUUGACAUCCCAAGAAGCCGUUUGGUUAAAUACCCAUUACUGCUCAGAGAGAUUUUGAGACACACACCAAAUGAUCAUCCAGAUCAACAGCACCUUGAAGAAGCUAUAAACAUAAUUCAGGGUAUAGUGGCUGAAAUUAACAUAAAGACUGGUGAAUCUGAAUGCCAAUACUACAAAGAAAGACUUAUUUAUCUUGAAGAAGGCCAAAGGGAUUCAUUGAUUGAUAAUUCACGUGUUCUAUGUUGUCAUGGUGAACUGAAGAACAACAGGGGAGUGAAACUGCACGUCUUCCUCUUCCAAGAAGUCUUGGUGAUUACUCGAACUAUCACCCAUAAUGAACAGCUCUGCUACCAACUGUAUCGACAGCCAAUUCCAGUAAGGGAUCUUCUGCUAGAGGAAUUGCAAGAUGGAGAGGUGCGAUUGGGUGGAUCCAUACGUGGUGCAUUUAGCAACAAUGAGAGAAUCAAAAACUUCUUUAGAGUCAGCUUCAAACAUGGAUCUCAAAGCCAGUCUCACUCACUGCAAGCCAAUGACUCCUUCAACAAACAGCAGUGGCUUAAUUGUAUCCGGCAGGCCAAAGAAAAAGUCACGUGUGCAGGAAAAGCUGGAGUGCUGAACUCAGAAGCACAUUUUAUUUUGUCACCAAAUGGAAGCAGGGUAUCCCAGGGAGAAACCACACUUGAGCAAAUGGACCAAUCAGACAGUGAGUCAGACUGUAGUAUGGACACCAGUGAGAUCAGCAUCGACUGUGACCGUAUGGAACAGACAAACUCUUGUGAAAAUGAAAAACAAAUAGAAACCAAUGUUUGACAAAAACUUACAGUUCAUGGAACAAAACCUGUGUCUUACCUGUACAGUAUUUGCAUUCCAUACAUGGAACCAUUUGGAGAAGCACUUUUCAAAUAUUUUUUGUGACAAUGUCAAUGCAGCCCUUCUUGUAUAGUACUUGUCUAAGUGUAGUACUGUAACUGCCGAUUUAUGUAAGCUGGAAUCUUCUGCAACUCGCACCCUGUGGUUAUAUUCCAUAAACAUGAUGAAUGAAAGAGGUACUUGACCAGUUAUUCUCAAUGUCCUGCUGUAAACAGAGUCUCUCAACUACUGUUUGUAUGUGCAUUAUGUAAAGAAUCUUUCAUAAUUUUUAAGUACUGUAUUUGUCCUUUAAGGGGGCAGCUGAAGAUACGUACUUAAUAUGAACUUUCAGGAUGGUAUUGAGAUAAUAAAUUUUCACAAAGGCAUAGAAGAAGGAAAAAAUAGCUUCUUGGACAAAAAAGAAAAGUCUUGUAAUAGCCAUUCUGAGCUCCUGUGGUUUUAAAUCAAUAAGAACUAAAAAGAGUGAGCCAUGUGACUCUUUAGGGACUAAUUUUUCAAAGUGAAGCACUCUACUAAGAUUCAUCAACUAAACAUAAAAAUCUGGUAAGUCGAAGUGGUCAGCGUAGUGCUAUGGUUUACUUAUCAAAGCACAUCGUGCUAAAAAAAAAAAAAGUCAGCUGAAAAGCAAACAAACAAAAAAUCCCACCACAGCACAACCUCCACAGCCAGCACUGAAUUAAAUGAAAUGCUGAGAAUACUGGGUAUUUGUAAAUAAGCUGGUAGUUUGCUUUCAGUGCCAUACAUAUAUAUGUAUCUAUUAUCCCAAAUAGGAUAAGAGUGAAAAAAGCUUCUGCUUGUGAAUAGGCCCUCUUCAGCAUUUUGCACUCCACUGCCCUCCACUGUUGGUUUUAAAUACCACUUAAACUGAUGUUAAAAACCUUUUAAGUUUCUGUAAAUGUCUGUUUACAUGUUUUUUUUAAAGUAACUAACAAUUUUAUAUAAAUGGUGCUCUACAAAUACCCUAUGGGAUUAUGUAGAGAAAGUUUAAACAAAAAGGGAAUUACUUUUCCUUUAGGAUAUAUUCUAUCCCCUAUAUUUUUGUCAAAUUUUAUUUUUGUUGCAUUUAAUUUCAUGCUGUAAUUGGAAAUGUCACUGUUUUCUGGUGGCUGAUUUAGUCUACUCAUCAUGAUGAGAAGCAGAUGAGUCACUUAAAAAUGCAGUCUAAAACACUCAGUUGAACAUCCUCUAACUCUUCAGAUAUCCAUGGGUAAUAUUUUAUUUCUUUGUAUAAGAAAUAAUGCCCAUGAUGAAUGAUAGCUGAUACAUUAAUAAAUUUAAAUGAUCUUUGCUAUUACACAAAGUACCUGUGCAAAAUAUUCAUACCAACAAAAGUAGAACUAAGUUAUUGCCAAAAAUGUUUAUUCUGCAAGUUUACAGAAAAUAGUAAAUAUCAAGUAUCUUACAUAUAUAUACUGAUGUACAGCACAGAAAUCAGUGUGGCAAGAUUAUAAGCAAUAUAAAACAAGGUAUUUUUAUUUUUU